CGUUGGCUGAUGGCGUAUCAUAGCAACAAGUGUAAACAAAGAUGGCUGCCCAGAGAGAAAAGGAUGCAGCUGAUUAUCUCGAGAAACACAAAAUCCUGGAGCUCUUUGACAACCUGACCAGCAUGCUCUUCUUUUACAGACCGGAUAAUCCCAGGGACUUUCUGGUGGAGCAGCUGAAGCAGUUGAAACUCUCCCAGCAGACAGGCGUGAAGGGGCCAAAUCUAUUCAACAACACCAACCUGGAUGCAGUCUUCGGGAUCCUGGAUCCAGCGAACCAGAAGUACAUCACUUACGCUCAAUACAAGCAGGCUCUGACCACCCUGGGCAUAAAGGACAUCAAUGAAUGUCCUGAAGGUGUAAACGAAGACAAAAUAUCACGGGACACCUUCAAAUCAGAAGCGAUACAAGGCCUGCAGAAAUGCUCAGCAGCUUACAUAUGAAGUGAUGUCUGAUGUUUUAUCCCACUCAGCUGGAACUGUAUUUAUUGUGUUGUUAACAGAAUGCUGAUAUUAAUAUUUUGCUAUAAAGAAAUUGUUUUUAUUGAGAGUUUAAAAUAAAACAGCUAUGUCUUUUUAAUCUAAAA